UCGAAUAUGGUGGUAUUGUGGUAAUCAGCGAGCGACGUCCGAGAGAGACAGAGAGAAUGAGAGCUCUGGGAAACGAGAUAGACACCAUGUUCUGAGGGCGGAUAAACUUGAUUUUAAGCUGAUUUAAACUCUAACCAUAAAUCCCAAUGACCGAGAAACGCAAGAGAAUGAUGGAUGAGGCAAUGGAAAACCCCAUUUCCUUAUUUAAAGCAAGUGCACCUUCAACUGUGAGGAAAGAUCUGCCAAACCCAUUUAAUGCAAUAUUAUUUUCAUGGCAAAAAGAAUUUAAAUGGAACUGGAGCACCCUACUGGGUGACCAUUCCACUGAUGAAUGGUUAUCAGAAAUAAUUGGAGACAAGGAAGGAACCACUCAAUCUGAUACGAAGGUACUAAUGCGAGAGGUUCCAAGGAUAAUGCAAGAGAUCAAAGAAAACGAGAAGUGCUAUCGUCCUGAAGUGAUUUCUAUCGGCCCUUAUCACCACGGAGGUGGUGAGAAAGAGAAACACAAGAUCAGAAUAGCGUGUAAGUUGGCUUCAGAGGAUAAAAUCAAAAUGACGAACUUGUACGUGGAGGUGGAAAAGAGAGCUCAAGAUGCAAAGAGAGAUUAUCUCGAUACUUCUGAAAAUUUCAGGGAGAAUGAAUUUGCACGUAUGAUGUUCUUGGAUGGGUGUUUCAUUGUCUAUUUUAUUUACUGUGUUGCAAAAGACAGGCUCGAGGAUAUGGAGAUGAAAAAUGACGAUAUAUUCUUUGCAGCAAAAGACUUGUUCUUGAUGGAGAAUCAGCUCCCAUUUUGGGUUCUCGAGGAAUUAGCGAGCUUGGCAUAUCCCGACGAGGAUUGGAUGAAAAUGGUACGCAAGUUUGUUAACGCAACUAAUUCUUUGGUUGCCGAAGAUGUUAAGUUUGAUUCGAGCAAUCCUCAGAACAGUGAGUCUAGUCAGAGCAAAAGAACUAAACCUCAUCAUCUCCUUGACCUUCUUCGUACCAAACUCCUUGAAGAAAGUAAUGAAACAGAUGGACCCAGAAAAGGAAGAUCCGAUUGGUUACCCCCAAAUCCCUUUACGCUAUGUUCUUUCAGAGAUUCAUCCCUGCCCCUCACUACCAAGGAUCAAACAUUGCAGAGAUACCAACAACAAACAAGCUGUGCCUGGCUCAGUAACAUGUUCGGAUCUCGUCUUUCCAAAUGUUGUUGUUGUUGUCGUCCAAAUUGGAGGGAGCAAUUCGUGUGGCACAAGUUCAGGUCAGUCAAAGAGCUUAAAGCAGUAGGGAUCAAAUUCAAAAUGAGCAAAUCAUCUAGCCUCAAGAGUGUUCGUUUCCGACUUGGUUUCAUCUAUGGCUACGUGUAUCUUCCUGCACUGGUUGUUGAUCGUUCAACCAAGGCGAGAUUUCUGAAUUUGAUAGCCUAUGAAAGAUGUUUAGCUGGUGGUUCUGAAGAAAAGUUAGGCACUGUUUUAAAAACCGAACCGGAACUAGAACUACUUUGUCCACCGGUUCCUGGGCGAAAUUGUCCGACUGUCCCGGACAACGACGUUUCCAAAACACUAAAGUUAGGAAUAACUUCCUACAUAUGUUUCCUGGAUUCACUAAUUGAUGAUGCUGAUGAUGUGAAAGAGCUAAGAUCAGACGGUGUACUCUUCAAUUAUCUUGCUAGUGACAAAGAAGUGGCCGACCUCAUAAACGAGCUAGUAAAGGGUUUGGUGGAUUCCGAUCAAUUUGAUCAGGUUAAACUGGAAAUUCAAGAUUAUUGCAAGAGAAAGAUCAGGCCAUGGGUAGCUGAAGUGUUGAUUAAACAUUUCAAAACCCCUUGGACUAUCCUCGCUCUACUUGCACCCAUCUACUAUGUAGCAUUUUCAGUUUCAUUGGACUUCUAUAAAUUCAGACAUUGGUCGAACUUCGUAUUCUCCAUUCCAACUAUUUAAGAUUUAAAAGCAUGUCUGAACUUG